AUGGAGCAUAACUUCACUUUCGACCGCGUCUUCUCCCCAGACGAUGGCCAAGAAGCCGUGUUCGAGGUAGUAGCCAAGCCGCUGGUGGACAACUUGCUGGAUGGCUUCAAUAGCUGCUGCUUCGCCUACGGCCAGACCGGCUCUGGGAAGACGCACUCGGUAUUUGGAGAGGGCAACAAGGAGCAGCGUGGCCUCUUAGCCCGUUCCAUCGAGUACCUCUUCGAUCGAAUCGAGGCCCAGUCCCAGCACAAGGAGGUGGGCAUGGUGGUCAGCUUCUUGGAGAUCUACUUAGACCAGGUGCGUGACCUGGGACGUUGGUACAUGUCCAGGGCUCUCCAGCUUUACAGGAACCAUGCCCACAUCUGCUACUUGGAGGCACUGCGCCUGAGCCCUUCUCCACUCUUAGUCGGAACUGGUAUUGUGACUGCCCUGCCUCCCGAAGUCCCGAAGAUACGUGAUGCCACGUGA